AUGACAAUCGACACGCCUAUUCCGGGUAUGGUUAUGACGUCACGAGACAUCACGUGACGAAACGUAUUAAAUGACGUCACAAAUAUAUUAUUGUGAUGGUUUAGUAUUGUAGACAACGUUUUUGUGUGGAUUAUGUGUCUGAAUUUAUCCGUAUUACCGUUUCCAACUGUCGACCAAUGAAAUUAGAGCGCGUUGGCGCCGUUGCGACGUCGCAAUGUUGUAGUGAGUGAAAUGAGUGAAGCGCAUUUUUUAUGUCCGACCGUCGACCAAUCAGAUCGCAGCAUGUUGGCGCCGUUGUGACGUCAUGAGGUUGUCGUGAGUGAAAUGCAUCGCGCUUAUCAGUCGAUAACGCCAGCGAACAACUCGUUUCUGAAGCACAAGUGGGAUCAACUGAUCUACGACCGACACAGGAAAAAGGUCAAGACUGUCAAGGCGGUGAUUGAUAAUGCCCCGCCUAAGACAUAUGUGCAUUUGCACUUGAAAUUGAAGAAACUUCAGAUGCAGGAAGAGAGAAUGGCGAUCGUUGAGAGAGACAAUCGUAUUCUCUUAGAUCAGAUGGCGCAUAUGAUGAAGACAGGAGGGAGAGUAGACAACCGCAAUGACUACAAACAGCGAAGUCUAAACAAAACGAAAAGGCAACAAGACUUGCUGCAGAUAAGUCACCAGAACCACGCAAUUCUUCAACGAAUCAAGUCGAGACAGUCACACUACAACCACAUGCAAUGGGAGCAACAGUGGCUAGUCAACCAAGGUUACAUGAUGAAUAUAUCCAAGUAUCCUCAACCGAGGAAGACAGCGAGCAAAACAAAGACAAAGAAAGCAACGAGCAGUGGCAGCAGUCAACAAGAAGUGAAGAAUACAAAAUCUUUGAGUCCACAGAGUCACACUCAAUCACCAGCUACUAAUCACAGUGAAUCAAAUCUUCCAGAAGUUGCUGUAUGAGUGAAGCUCAACGAGCUGGAAACGAAAGCGAACACUUUGACUAGAAGUAGUAUUGUGGCAGAGUGUUGUGCAGUUGCCACUUGACCAGAGACGUGAUGAACACAGUGUGUGGAUGGUGAGCUUGAGAAAGAGGUCAGUGGGUUUGACUGAGUUGAAUAAAGUUGAAUAAUUUCAACUCAUCCAACCUCUCCUCAAGCUCACUAUCAACACAAAUGGUCAAUUGGGUAUGGGGUAGUAAGAAGGGUUGAGUAAGAAUGUUGUACGUGAGAGCCGAGUAAGGAAGGUUGGCUGGGAGACGAACAAUAGUUGGAGAUGGUGGACACAGGGACACCAAGGGCAUAACUACUGAGGGAGUUGCCUUGGUUGCUUCAUGCCUAGCUAGACCCCUGAGGAACACUUAUGGUGGACAUAGAGAGUUGUGGUAGACACAAGAGGGUGACGGUGGAUGCAGGGAGGGAUGAGUUGGGCAAAGGGAGGACUGGAGUGGAUCAGAAAGUGUUGCUUCACGUCACAGAGUGAGCAAACCUUC